AUGCCGGGGGUGCAUCCCACCAGGUAUCGGCAACAAUUUCUCAUGGAAAAUGCAUCAAAUGGUUAUCCAACAAGUUCUCGACAUCCAUCGAUAUCAGGAUCGUAUUAUUAUUCUCGUGGUGGCGCAACAACUGGAAAUAGUUCCAUUUCCUCAAGUAUGCCAUCACCUGCUAUAGCAUCAAAUGCUAGGUUUCCGCCACCUGCUAAAUACAAUGGAAUUGUCGAUAAUUCUAUUCAUCAAGGUCCUCGUCAAGGAGCCGCUAUAAUCGAGCAUGAAACUCCUUCGUACUGGGUGGAGCAUUUAGCUACUUUUGCUGUUGGUCGAGAAUUCGGACUUUUAAACCCAUCAGAUGGAAUUAGAAAAUUGAAACAACUAGAAAAAAACAGCGCUAUAUGGGCACAACCAAUGGUUCUCAGACUCAGGCCUAAUCUAAUAUCUGUUGAAGAUGAAAAUGGAGAUCUUGUCGAGCAAUUUCCAAUGGAUCUUGUCGCUGAUCCUAACGCACAUUUAUCUACCGAUCCACGCGAUGUUUAUAAUAAUUUACUUUUAUUCAUAGUUAAGGAAGAUAAACGACGCGGUCGAAGUAUAACACCAACUGAAAUGCACAUUUUUCAAUGUAACAGAGUAUCAGCAGGUGAAGUAGUGGAGGAUAUAAAAGCUUUCCUUACUGGCCAUUUUCAACAUGUCAUUAAAGGCAGACGAGAUACUGGCUUUUUCAUUGGACCAUCUUAUGUUGCGCCACAAUUUGGUCCUCCACCUCGUGGUUAUCGCGAUGAUGCUUCUGCAAGUUCUGAUAAUAGCGAAUAUUUCGAAAGAGAUGUGAAUACUCUCAAUCGUUGUUUCGAUGAUAUCGAACGUUUUGUGGCUCGUAUACAAUCCGCUGCUAUAGCACAGAAGGAACUUGAAGCACAAGCUUAUCGCUAUCGAACAGCACAAAGGAAAAGAGGAAAUCGCGCACCUCCUCCUGAUGCUCAAAGUGGAAUUCUUCAAAUGCGAGCUCAGUUACCAUCCGAAUUAGAAUUUGUUGAUAUAUUACAGAAAUUCAAGCUAUCUUUUAAUUUAUUAGCAAAGCUCAAGAAUCAUAUCCAUGAACCCAAUGCCCCAGAAUUACUUCAUUUUCUUUUUACGCCGUUGACAAUUAUUCUUGAUUCGUGCCACUGGGGACUUGGAAGAAAUAUUGCACCACAGGUUGUUUCUCCACUUCUUUCACGUGACGCUCGUGAACUUAUGCAAAACUGUUUGACUAGUAAAGAAUCCGAUGUAUGGAUGGCGCUUGGACAAGCAUGGAGAGUACCACCCGAAGACUGGAUAGGACCUCUUCCAGCUCCAUAUCGACCCGUUUUUCUUGAUGGCUUUGCACCAUACGGUGCACCAGAUAGUUACGAUACUAAUUUGCCCUAUCCACAUGCAAGAUUUUUGAAUCAACCUCAGCCAAUCCAUCGUGGAAUAAGUGCACCACCGCCACAAACACAAAGUGGUUAUCAUUCGAGGGCACCUAUCCGUGAUCGAUCUGUUGAUAAUUUAAACAUUGAUUUGGAUAGAAUGACUCUCGAGAAGGAAAGGUUGGAUUUCGAAAGAGAGAAAAUUGCCGAACGAGAGCGUAGAUUGAUUGCUGAUGAACGAAGAAUUCAGCAAGAAAAGCAAAGAUUAGCUGCUGAACGAGAAAUAAUGGCUCAAGAAGCGGAACAACGUUCAAUGGGAAGUAGUUAUGCUCUUAGAAAUGAAGAAACAAGAUCUCAUCAGCAAUCUCCCGUGGUAUCGCGAAGUACCCAACAGUACACGCAUACUAAUGGUGAACAAACAUCAUCAUUUAUCGGACCAAUACCACAACCGGAUCCAAGUCCACGUCAAAAAGCUUUUUUGGAUGAUAUAGUAGCUCGACGAGGUAAACUUGUCCAGGUUACCUAUGAUCGAAUAGCACAAAAUCCAAAAGAACUAACUGUUUCUCGAGGUGAAUAUCUGGAGGUCUUAAAUGAUAACAAAAAUUGGUGGGAAUGCCGAAAUGUUCAUCAUCGUACAGGUUAUGUACCGCACACAAUUCUAUCAGUUAUAAACUUAGAACGUAAUCUAUCACCACAUUCUUUGCCUCCUCAAGAUCCUUCAUUUUCGGAUCGUAUCGGUGCAACAUCAUCAUCGCAACAAAAUCCACCAUCGAAUCAUCCAGGGCCAUCGUUAAGUCCUCGUCCAGGUAUGAUGAGCGACGAUACACCGGAUUAUAUCAAAAAGAGACAAGGCAAGCGUGGAGAGUUCAGAUAUUUCUAG